AUGUCCGGCCCUUGUUAUGAGAAGCUUCAAUCUGUGAAAAACUCUCUUUUAAAUCUAACGGGGCAGCCUGCUCUUGGUAAAAAUACCUUUUCUUGACAAAUUCCAUGUUGUCUUCACCCAGAAAACAUUAGAAAUCUUGAACAUUGGCGAAAAACAAAAAAUUCUUCUGGAGCAGGAAAUCCUGGGUCAACUGUUCCCCCGAAACCCUGCACCGAAUUCCAAAAUUCGGUGCUGACUUAAGACUUUGUGCACCGAUUAAAAAAAACGGGAGCUGCGUUUAGAAAAAUGCACAGGAUUUCGGAAUUGGGUGCCGAGAAAAAAUUAAGUCGAGGCCAAUUUUUCGAUUUGGGCGUCGACUUUUUUGUGCACCAAAUAUCGCGAUUUGGGAAAUUUUUUUUUAACUCUUACAUAUAUGACCACCUUUACCUCAAAAUAGGUGAUACACGACCAAUCUUAUUAUUUCAACUAACUAAGCCUUCUCCUGGCCCGCUUAUGCUUACAACGACGAGCCGGAGCGAUCCAUAGUAUCGUUGACCCGAACCGCUAACCCGAAAAGUCGUAGCGGGGUAAAAAUUCUCUCGUAUUUCUUUUUUGAUGCCUGAUUUAUUUAACAAAAAACAUUGUAGCAUUACACUUUAGCUUUAGGCGCAAGCGCAGAACUGUUUGACGGUUCCCCAAGUGUAUUGCUCAGCGGUCUCGUGAUAGAUCUGGAUGACGAUGUCAUAGGUCAGGCUCAAGUAGAAUUGGUCCUUAGUCCAGACGUUGAAGACGUUGACGACAUUCUCAAAGAUUUGCUCCGAAGUGGCAGUCGUGUUGGAGGUGACGGUGUAGAUCCUCUUUUCGUAGGCGGAGAAUCUGGUGAUCUCAGUCUGAUUCCAGCUCAGUUGAGCUUGGUCGAUGGACCAGGAGAGAUCGGUGAUGUUGUUCUGGAACUUGAUGAUAUCCAAGACGACAGAGCAGUCGCCGGUGGCGUGGGUGGUGCUCUCAACAGCCUCGGUGGUGGACUCGAUGGCGGGAGUGGUCGUUUGGGAGCCAAAGUCAAAGCCGCCGCAGUCUUUUUCCUAAAAACAUGA